AGAAAGGGGUAGGGUGGCGGGCUUGGGGGUGGAGCUCGAGGCCAGCCGCUGUCCGGUCCUGCCGGCGAUCGGGGUCCAAGUCUCCGGUACCGACGUGUCGCCGAGUGUCCGCCGCCGUUCUGCCGACCCCAUCCGCUCGCUCGCCUGGCGGGAGAAGCCGCCCGCGCCGGCGGCCUCGGGGGAUGGAAGCGGAGAACACCGGCAGCUAUUCCCUCCAGCAAGCCCAAGCUUUUUAUAUGUUUCCAUUUCAACAAAUGAUGACUGAAGCUCCUAACAUGGCGGUUAUGAAUGAACAACAAAUGCCAACAGAAGUCCCAGUCUUAGCUCCUGCUCAGGAACCUGUUCAAGAGGCUCCAAAACGAAGGAAAAGAAAACCCAGAACAACAGAACCAGAAGAACCAGUGGAACCCAAAAAGCCUGCUCAAUCAAAAAAAUCUGGCAAGUCCAAAAAGUCAAAAGAAAAGCAAGAAAAAAUUACAGACACGUUUAAAGUGAAAAGAAAAGUAGAUCGUUUUAAUGGUGUUUCAGAGGCUGAACUUUUGACCAAGACUCUCCCUGAUAUUUUGACUUUCAACCUGGACAUUGUCAUUAUUGGCAUAAACCCGGGACUAAUGGCUGCUUACAAAGGACAUCAUUACCCUGGACCUGGAAACCAUUUUUGGAAGUGUUUGUUUAUGUCAGGGCUGAGUGAAGUUCAGCACCAUAUGGAUGAUCACACUUUACCUGGGAAGUACGGUAUUGGAUUUACCAAUAUGGUGGAGAGGACGACACCAGGCAGCAAAGAUCUGUCCAGUAAAGAAUUUCGUGAAGGAGGACGUAUUCUAGUACAGAAAUUACAGAAAUAUCAGCCACGAAUAGCAGUGUUUAAUGGAAAAUGUAUUUAUGAAAUUUUUAGUAAAGAAGUUUUUGGAGUAAAGGUUAAGAACUUGGAAUUUGGGCUUCAGCCCCAUAAGAUUCCAGACACAGAAACUCUGUGCUAUGUAAUGCCAUCAUCCAGUGCAAGAUGUGCUCAGUUUCCUCGAGCCCAGGACAAAGUUCAUUACUACAUUAAGCUAAAAGACUUACGAGAUCAGUUGAAAGGCAUUGAACGAAACAUGGACGUUCAAGAGGUGCAGUACACAUUUGACCUACAGCUUGCCCAAGAGGAUGCAAAGAAGAUGGCUGUUAAGGAAGAAAAAUAUGACCCAGGUUAUGAAGCAGCGUAUGGUGGUGCUUAUGGUGAAAAUCCAUGCAAUGGUGAACCUUGCAGCUUCUCUUCUGAUGGGCUAACCAACAGCGCGGAGCUAAGAGGAGAAUCAACUUUCACCAACAUUCCAAAUGGGCAGUGGAUGGCUCAGUCGUUUACAGACCAGAUUCCUUCCUUCAGUAAUCGUUGUGGAACGCAAGAGCAGGAAGAAGGAAACCAUGCUUGAGAAUGGUGUUUCUCAGCUCUGCUUAAAUGCUGCAGUUUUAAUGCAGUUGUCAAGAAGUAGAACCUCCGUUUGCUAACUGAAGUAUUUUAUUAGCAUUUUACUCUAAUGGUAUUACUGUAGCACAGAACAGUUGUGUGGUAGUAUGAACUGUGUGAACCUAAGUAGCUGGGAAGGAAAAAGUAGGGUGCUGUAUAUUCGUUUUUGUAUUUGAAUUAACCACCAUUCCAGCUUUUUAUAUACUCUUUCAUUUAUGAAGAAAUUGGUUUUCUUUUGGGAGUUCUGUAAUUUUAAAAUACAACAGAGUGAGUAUUUAUAGUUGAUUCUUAACUGUGCAUAAACUUAGAUGCACCAUUAUCCCUUUUAUGCCUAAGAAGGGCAUGCUAAUAAUAAUUACCACUGGAGAAGAGGCACAUGUGCUGAUUUUCCUAGAUGAAGUUAACCCUCAGUGGAGUCUCCUUUGUUAGUUUUUAGUGGUAACUAAGGGUAACUGCGAGUUCCCUGAGUCGUGGGCACACUCAGACCUCUUUGCUUUACCAGUGGUGUUUGUGAGAGGUGCUUAGUUGUAGACAUAUGGAGUAUGGCCUUGCAGUAGCAAGACUGCCCUUACUGACAGGAUGCUGAGCCCUGGCUUUGGCCUCCUCAGUGCUGUGUAUUAAUCCUCUAGCAGGCAGUAACUUUUCUGUGAUAGUAGUAGGUUCCUGAGGACGCAGUAAACCUUGUAUAUUUUGUCACUUGUCUGUGUUUUACUUGAGACACAUGAAUUUGAUAGGAGAGGAACGGUGAAUUUCUCUGUCAGUAUCUAUCACCAUUCUAAUUUUAUCUUCGUUGGCUUUAAAAUGUGCCGUGACAAGUGGUAAGAAAUGAACUUUCAGGCUAAGCAACAGGAUGCUGGAGGUGCUUGAUAAUCUUAUUGAAAUUGGUGCUUUCUGUACAUGAGAUGUACUAAAACAUCCAGAAUUUUUCUUGCUAGAUAAAUCUAAUAAGCCGAUAAUUUAAAAAAUUCUCUGCAUCAUUGCUGUUUGUUACUAUGGACUAAGUGAACCUCAUGGGAAGUUUUGGUUUGAAGUAUGUACCUUUGUGAUUUUUAAUGCAUUUUCAUGGUGCUACAAAUAGUCCAGACUACUAGGGCUGGUAAAUAUUAAAACUAGGUAUUCAGAAAUGCCAUUUGUGUCCACCCUAAUCACUCCUGAAUAUUCUGACUUCAUACUUCCCCAGGGAGCAUGCUGAUUUUUCAAUAUAAAACAUUUAUGAGGUCCUUCCAAGAGGUUACAUGGUUGUUGUUCUCUUUAUACUAAGAGAAACAAAUUAUUGUUAUGACUCUUAACAUACUUUUUAGCUGUGGCGAUGAUGGAUUUUAUUUUUCCUUAAGUCUAGGUCAAACUGUGGAAAAGUCAUUUAUGUUAUUUAAACAACGUACUGUACUGCUGUUUACAUGGAUAUUUUGUGCAGGUGCUUCGAAGUGCCUUGCAUCAGGGAUUAGGAGCAAUUGAAUUAUUUUUUCAUGGAAUUGUGUAAAGCAUGUAACUAGGUAUUGCUUUGGUAUAUAACUAUUGUAGCUUUACAAUAGAUGUUUUUAUUUAAGUGGGGAAAAUACCUUUUAAAUUAUGACAGACACUAGAGAAUGCAGAUUUUCCAAGCAUACAAUCAUGAAUGGUGUUUCCAGUUAACAUGACAGAUGAGUAGUAGGUGUUGAUCUAUCCUGUACGUGGUAGUAUGAGACUUUUUCAUUAAAUAUUAUUGAAAGAUUUUUUUAAAUGCAUUUGAAAAGCUGAUGGUUUUUUACAAUAAAAAAUAGUAAGAAUGGUUAUCCUU